AGUUGGGUGAAAGUCAUUUGAGAGAGUAUUCAGCUGCAUUGAAAUUGAAAGAGAAUCUUCUUCAAAUUGCAAAACCUCAAGGAAUUGUCACAGUGCGGAUUAAUUAACUUGUUUUUAAUCGAUGAGAAAUCUACCUUGACUAACGAGAAUGUGAUACUGUAUAAUACAUUUUUGUAUUUUCCUCUUAACCAAAGAGAGAGAAAAUAUGUUAACAUUGAACUGUGUCGCUUUAGAAGAUUAUUUUUCGCAUAGAACUACAACAAGAUCAACAUCGAUCAGAAACGAGAAGUUCUAUCAGAACAUUUCCACGCGUCUCGCGGCAAAAAGCUUUUUUGUAAAAUGAUUCGUUGUAGUCAAAUUUUAAUUGUAUUUUGCGUUAUUCUGCACAUUUCUCAGAGUACAGAUGUAAAAUCUUUGCAAGAAAAUGUUCCUAUUGCCAUCGGUGUUAUGUUAGGAGCUAGUGAGAGUGAUACAAGUGGUGAAUGCCUUAAGGAUAUAAGUGAAAUUCUUAGAGGAAUAUCUGAAAGAAAACCAUGGGCACUACAAGUCUUGGAUGCAUCUGGAAAUCGGCAGAAUCCUUUCCUUUGGGGUGAAAAUCUAUGGUUGGGUUCCAAGGAAGCGUGUCACGCUUCAAAUUCGCCCCCACGUGUUAUUGUUAGUGAGAAGACGCCAAGACUCAGAGAACUCUUAAAAGUUAUCUCACCAAUUGAAGUGGAUUAUCGUGUUCUCACGGGCAAUGUUAAUGCAAGUCAACAGAGACAGAUGAAUGUCCUCUUUAGAGACACUUCAGACUUCCAGCUUGGGAUUUGCUUACCAAAAUCAUGCACACUUCAAGAGACACACAAUCUAGUGCAGAAAUUCUACAGCACGGGAAAUGCAAGUAAUUUCUUCGAUAUCUCGGUCACCUUCAACAGAGUCAAGGAUUUUAACGGUUCUGCUGGUGAUUUGUGGGAAAAUACAAGCUAUAGAGCAGCUGUGUGGAUUUUCCUUGCACUGGCAUUCAUCACAUUUCUAUCGAGUCAAAACAAGGAAUUCUUCACAGAACCGGAAAGUCAGGUGGAGAAAAAGCUAAAGGCUAGUAUGCAAAUGAGUGCUUUCCAUAGAUUUGUUUCCUGCUUCCACUUUCCCACAAAUUUCACAAUCACGAUGUCAACGGAUGUCCAUCCGCAAGGCUUAAAUUCGGUGGCAGGACUCAAAACAAGUUCCUGCCUCUGGAUCAUUGGGAUGCACGUGAUGUACUUCAAUAUCAUCACCACGAAAAUUCCCUUGGCUAGUGCAAAAUUUGAAAAUCUCGGAUAUUUUCUUCUGUUUCGUUCUGUGCUCGCCGUGGAUAUUUUCUUCAUGAUUUCCGGUCUCCUCAUGGCAUACAAUUUCCUGCGUCAUGGUACACUGCAUCAGCAAAUACAAGUCAAUUCAUUUGCAAAUAAUGCAAAACUCUACUUACGCUUUAUGGUGCAUCGUUAUUUGCGCCUUGCACCAGUCAUUCUCAUUUCCUCAAUUCUCUCGAGGAUGGUAUUCCUCUAUCUCGACUCGGAAAAUGCACUACCCAUGGGAUUCUGCCCAGGCAUUGAGUGCGAAUAUUGGUAUCGCAAUAUGCUUUUUGUGCAAAAUUUCUACCCCAUCCAAGAUAUGUGCAAUCGCUGGAGCUGGCAUGUGGCUUGUGAUAUGCAACUGUAUGGAAUUUUCAUAGCAAUUCUCUUCAUCCAGACCAAAUAUCCACGAUGCGGUCGUAUUUUGCUGGCUUUCGUCACAACUGGUGGAUUGCUGUUGACAUUUCUCCUAUGCAUCCACCACAAAUACCAACUCUCUGUCCUGGGGGUGUUUGAAGCUAUCGACACAGUUUACACACCACUCUGGUAUCGCAUCUUCCCCUACGGUGUUGGCAUUUUUGUAGCUAUGAUUAUCGUGGUAGCGCAAGAAACCAAAUUACCAGCCUUCGGGAGUCGAUCUGUUAGACUUUACGUUGGAAGUUCUUUAAUCUUUUUAAUUAGCCAAGUUAUUAGCGAUGCUGCAUCUAGAAGUGUGAUUUACGUGGCCUUUCUCUGGUCAUUCGGUCGCUUUCUCCUUGUAAUCUUUAUGGGCUCUUACCUAUGCUUAGCCCAUUGGGGAUACAUACUACCCUUUGGUCGAUGGGCCUCUACAAAAUUCUGUACGCGCAUCAAUAAGCUUUCCUAUACAAUGUACAUGUUUCACAGUGUCCUGGCCAGAUUCGCAUACGGAGGACGACUUCCACCAUCAGAACUCUCCUAUCCCAUGAUUAUUAUCAGCUACUUAGGAAUUCUGACGGCUACAUAUAUUUUCUCAAUAUUUUGCACAACACUAAUUGAAGUGCCUUUCCAGAAGUUAUCUGAAGAAUUUAUAAUGAAACCAAUACGAAACAAACGAAAAUCAAAUGAUAAGAACGAAGUUCAAUCAUAAAAUAAAGAGAAGAGAAUUAGUAAA